GAGAGAGAGACUUCCAUCACCCUUCAGCUCUCUAAACCCUCAAACCCCUUCUUCUCCCAUGGCUUUCUCUCCUCUCUCUUUCCUUCUCUUCCGCCGCUCCUCCUUCUCUCCAAUCCACCCUCUCAUAAAAAUUCCACCUUUCCUCUUUGCCACCUCCCUCCGACCCUUCUCUGCCUCUCCCCUCCCUCUUCCCGACUCCUCUCCUGAUUCCCCUCACCCCGCCGACCCCAAGCCCUCGCUCUCCGCCCGCCUCUCCUUCGUGUUCGACCAGAUCGACGCCCUCGACCGCGACCGCGCCGCCAAGGACGAGGCCCUCCAGCGCAUCCGCGCCUGGCGCCUCGCCAGGCCCUCCGAUCCCUCGCCGGCUCCUGAUUCGAGCCCCGGAGUGGCCGCGGGAGGCGCGGCGUCGGAGGAAAGGAAGGAGGAGGGCAUGAGGGAUAUCCUAAGAAAGGAGGUCGAGCUGGUCCACCCAUGGCCUGAGUGGAUCGAGCUGAUGGAGAGGCUGGCGCAGCAGAACUACUUUGAUUUGCGGAGGACCGAUGAGGACCGGGUGGCUGAGAAUGUGAACAUUGAUCUGUCUGGGAUAAAGGAUGAGGUGGGCUUCGAUUUCUCGAGGGAUUGGAUCACUGUGCGCAAUGCUUGUAUGAAUUUCGGACGUGAUCGCUUCGAUAUAUUGAGGUCACUUUCGAGAAAGGAUCUUCAAAUUCUAGUGGGCCAUGGAUGCCCUAGCAUAGAUCCGAAGGUGGUUUUCUCGGCGAAGCUGUUGAGGAAGCUUGUCCACCUUGAUGAGGGAGAUGUGUGUAGUUCUUGCAGCUUAAGGAAUUCCUGUAGCAGAGGAUAUAUCCUCACUCGUAAAGAGGAUGAGGCACGAACUCUCGAUGUCAUGCGUAUCUUAUUGACAUUUGGUUUUGACCAUAUUAAUGGAUCGGUUGAAAAUAAGGCUCUUAUGAAAAUGAAAUCUGUGAAAACUGCAGUCCGUAAGUUGCUACAUGAGGUUGUUAAGUUGAGUGCAGUUCCAAUAGAUCCCAAUCUUCCACCGCCAGUGAUCAAGAGGCCUCCUCCCAAAGUAAAGCAGCCACCUCCUCCACCAAAGAAACGAGUAGGGCGUGAUGAUGUGGAAAUGAAGAAAGGAGAUUGGCUCUGCCCCAAGUGUGACUUCAUGAAUUUCGCCAAGAACAUUGUUUGCUUGCAAUGUGAUGCGAAACGCCCCAAGAGGCAACUACUCCCAGGGGAAUGGGAAUGUCCACAGUGCAACUUUUUGAACUAUAGGCGAAAUAUGGCAUGCUUUCGUUGUGAACACAAGCGCCCCCCUGAUGAGUACAUGGAGAACCAAAUGCCUGCAAAGCAAUCUGGUCCGCGGACAAGAUUGGAGAGGGCUGCCAGAAUGCCAGAUAUUCCCAAUGCUUGGAAUUUUGAUUUUGAUGACAAUGAAUCUGAUGGUGCAGAUGUUGCAGCUUUCGAGUUCGCAGAUCCACCUAGAAUGGGUGAGGACUCUUCUUUUAGCAGCCUCCCUCAAGGAGGAAUUGCUGAGGGAUUUGAAGACGAAGCUAAUGACACCAGCAAGAUGCGAAGAACCCAACAAAGAGGCAAAUACUUCUCAGAGGCUGAUGGAAGGAAGCCUUCUUUACAUUCUCCCAGAAUGGGAUUUGAUGAUUUUGAUGAUGACGAGGAUGACAAUCUGGAUAGUUACGAGCUUGAUGUUUCAAGAGAUGGUCAGGCAAGUGAUGUUUCUCGAAGGAAUUUCUCCGAGCUUGAAAAAACCUCUGAUUCGGAAGAUUCUGAUGAACUUGAUCAUUAUACCAACACCAAACGAGGUGCCAAUGAUUAUUUGUCUGGCUCAGAGGAUGAUGCCAUGGUACAUCAUCCUUACUGGAAAUCUAGUCAUGCUGCAGAUUCUAGGCAGAAGGCUGGAGGCAGGGGUAGUCACCGACAGCUUAGGGGGAUGUCCUUUGGUUUGAAUGGUGCUGAAGAACUCAAUUUGGAUUCUGAUGAUGAUAUGGAUGAGGGUUUUAAAUCUAAACAGAGAAAAAGCCAUCGAGGAAAACUGGGUAGAACAGGUAGUAGGCUUGGAAGAAUUUCUGAGUCUGAUGAUGACAACAAUGUACAUUAUAGUGGAAAUAAAACUAGAGGAAACAACCAUGGUUCUAGAGGUCCAUACAGAAAACUUAGAUCAGAUGAUAGAACAAGUAAUAGAAGGAAUCCUUUUGCCAGUGGUGAUGACGGCGAUUUGUCCUCCAGAGGUUCAGGCAGGUAUAACAGAGGUUCACGUGGAGAUGGCUAUGGUGGGCGGGCAGGCAGGGAUAACAGAGGUUCACGUGGAGAUGGCUAUGGUGGGCGGGCAGGCGGGUAUAACAGAGGUUCACGUGGAGAUGGCUAUGGUGGGCGGACAGAGAAUAAUAGACUCCAACGCUUUGCUAGGUGAGAUGAUGGGGAAUGAUCUGGCCAUAGGCAGAGAGGAAGAGGUGAUCAAUUUGAUGAUAGAUCUAGAGGUCCAUGCAGGAACGAAAGAGGCUCAAAUGGCAAUGGCUCUAGUGGAUGGAGAGGGGAUGAUGGAUUUCGGCGCUUUGAUGGGGCUGCUGGUAGGGAAAGAUUUGAUGAUAGGCAGCGGGAAGAACUAAUCAUUAUACUGAACAAUUUAGUUUUGAUGGUGAUGGUUAUGAUCUCACAGGUGCCUAAUUGAAAGAUAGAAGUUGAUAUCAUUCUUUUCUUUGUAGAGUGGCAGAAUGGUGUCAUUUGGGUGCUUAAAGAUUUGCCAAUGACAGGACUCCUCCAAAACAACAAUGGUACCACUCUGUUCCAAAGUUUUUGCUGAAGCAAAUGCUGUAUAUUAAGAUACUUAUACAGCUAGAAAGACAAAUGGAUACUUAUAAUGCGAACAAUUCUAUUGACUGAUUGCUUUUUCAGUUUUUCUUGAUCCCUUCCUGCUGCAGUUGGUGUCAUAAGCAAUGAAAGGGAAAUCAUUGUGCCAUCCAUUGAUUCAUGUGCUGAUGCAAUAUCCUGUUGUUGUAGUACACAUUUACUUUUACUAUUAAUUUAUGCAUGUAUACACUUAGUAAUUGAGUGAAAAAGUGCCUGUUGUCCUUGUCAAAAAAAAAGUUU